CCACGUGGUCUCGGCGCUUGUGAAUUUCAAUCGCUGGAGGGACUCGGCGCAGAUACCGGUCCCGCCGCUGAGAUCGGGGCAGCCGCCCACAGAAGCGCUUUCCGCAGGGCAGGAGCCUCCCUGCUUUUGUAGGCAGGCUGCCGCUGCCGCCGGGGUCUUGGACAGACCAGCCGCAACCACCAUGAGCAAAGGCAGUCCCGAUCGGGAGAGCGGCGGGGCUGCACAGCCGCCGGGUCCCGAAGCAGCGGACUGAGACAGCGGCACCACCAAAGCCAGCAAGAGCAGCGGGAGGAGAAUGCAACGAGCAGGUCUGGCCGGGCUGGGCUCCGUGGCCGUGCUCUGGCUGCUGGCGUUGGCUUCCCUGGUGGGGCUGUGGAGCGGGCGGAUCGUGGAGCCGGGAGCCUUCGGACCGAGGCUCCCGAAAGAGCAACCCGAACUGGGCUUUGGAGGUAUCGAAGCAGCGCCGGCAGCUACAAGUCGCUUCCUCCGCCCUCCAAGUCAAGGCGCCCAGAAAACUUUCCGAGCGCUGCUCACGCUGCCGGGACAGCCAACGGAGCCUCAGGAGGGGCCAGGCGAAAGCGGGCAGGAGCCGCCGUCGCCGCCGCCUCUUUCUUUGGAUCAUUCUCUGCGGGAGAAGCAAGGGGCGAAGGGCAGCACGGAGCAGCUUCCCGCCUCCCCGGUGCGCGGUGGGGUCUUCUGGAGCAGGGCGCUGGAGGCUCAAGUGCCCGCAGGCUUCUCGGCAGAGGAGACGGCCUCGUGGCUGCGGGCGGCCCGGGAAGGGCGCGUCGUGUCGCUGGAGCGGGGCGGCUGCGGCCGUAGCUCCAACCGACUGGCCCGGCUCUCGGACGGGAGCCGCGCCUGUGUGCGCUACGGCAUCAACCCAGAGCAGAUCCAGGGCGAGGCGCUCUCCUACCAUCUGGCCGAGCUGCUGGGCAUUCAAGAGCGUCUGCCGCCUCUGGCGCUCGCCCGGGUGGAAGCCCGCGGUGGGCAGUGGGCGCAAGUGCGCGACGAGCUGCGCGGCUCCCAUUGGGCUGAGGGCGCCGUGGUGAGCCUCGCACAGUGGGUAGACAAUCUGACCGACGUGGUGGCUCCAGCCCCCUGGCGGGCAGAGGCGGGAGCGGCGGCGGGCAGGAGGCUGCAGCCCCUAACGGCGGGGGAGCUGCGGGGCCUCGGCCAAGCGCAGCUGGUGGAGUUGGUGCAGUGGAGCGACUUGAUCCUCUUCGACUACCUGACUGCCAACUUCGACCGGCUGGUCAGCAACCUGUUCAGCCUGCAGUGGGACCCGCGGGUGAUGCAUCGUGCCACCAGCAACCUGCACCGGGCCCCCAAUGGGGGGCUGGUCUUCCUCGACAACGAGGCCGGCCUGGUGCACGGCUACCGGCUGCUGGCCAUGUGGGACAAGUACAACGAACCUUUGCUGCGCUCCGUCUGCAUCUUCCGCGAGGCCACCGCCCAGCGGGUGCGGGAGCUGUACCGUCUGCGCAACGCGGCCUCCGAGCUGCUCAGACUCUACCGGACUCGGGAGCCCCUGGCAGAGAUCGUGGGCUUCCUUUCCGACCGACAAGCCCAGCUGCUCCAGGACCGCGUCGACUUUGUCCACAAGCACAUUUUGCACUGCAAAGCCAAGGCCGGCGCGCUGUGACCCGCUUUGCCGGCUUGGAUUUACGGGACUUGAAGGGAUCGAAGUAAAACAGCCGAGGUGGGAUUUUUUUCCACCUUCCUAGCACCGUGUAUCUGCAGGAGAUUAACGCUGGACCCCAGCAAGUUGAAGGUGGCUGGCAUGCACCCCAGCACUGUUGAAAUCUUGCAGAGGGAUAUGCGAACAGGCCUUGCUAAACUGAACUUUGUAAUUGAGUGCAUUUUUUUAGGGUGGGGGAGGGGAGAUACUUUAUGGUUCCCAGAUAUGUUGUUGCUGGGAUCCAUCAGCAGAAUGUGGUCUUCCUUUGUUUGAUGGUCACAGUUUAAAUUGCAGUCCCACAAGUAAAACGUCUGGCUGAGCAGCCUUCCACAGCCAGUCCUCCCAGCUUCACACCAUGAGAUCUGGGUUGGCUUAGAUUUUAUUUUUGUCAGUUUGAUGCACUUAAAAAUAUAUAUAAUUAGCCUUUUUAGGCAUUGGGUGUGAUGAUGCCUCUGAUACACCUGUUCUGCACUAUUGUCCGCUAUAAAACUAGGCCAGAUAAUAUUCUUCCAUUGCACAGUGUAGUUUUGUUUUUGUCUUUGUCAAAUCUAAUUCGUUAAUGUUCAAAAGUGCUUUGAAUGACCCAGUGAAUGGCCUGGGAGUACCUGACGCUGGAACUAAAUGGGUGUGGCCCUAAUACGUUCCUUGGGUGAGAGACGAUUUGGAGCCCCAUUUAAGAUCAAGGUAUAAUUAAAAGUGUAUAUUUGAACUGCUAUGUAUCUCCCUGUAUUAAUUUCACACUGGAUUUCUCUUUCUAGUGUGUCUUCCCCUUUAAUGGCUCUUAAGAGCUUCUCUUAAGAAUUCUCUCUAAAACACUCUGUACAAAUCUGUUGUCAGUAGUUGGAAGGCACCAGCUACCUUUUCCUUCCAGCGAGGAUCAGUAAGCACACAAGUUUCCCUGUCAAUGCUCUUUGUAGCAACAACAAACCCAUUUUCUUUUAAAUUGAAAAGCAUUUGUAAUCCAGUAACUGACACUGCAAUCUGUGACUGUCCCACUUAUGGAACUGCUUUUUCUUGUGGAUCUUCCUAGCCAGGACAGGCAUAUUGUCAAAAAUUAGUAAAAAUUGUGCUGAAAAAGUCACUGUUCUAGUAGCCCUUGACCCUAACCCGUGAAAAGCAUUUGGCAAAAUUCCUUAGUUUCUCGGUGUGUCUGUUUUUAUAUGUAACCACUACUGUACAGUAAAUAAUUGACUAAUGGGGUGAUGGAGGAGAAAAUAUUCCCAGGUUUGUAGUAUUGUCAGUGUAGUAAAAAAAAGUGAUGCAUUAAUCUGGAGGAGGGAAAAAUCAAUUUCAUGCACUUUAUUUUGACUUUUUUUUUUUAUAAAAAAGACCUUUUUAUUUUUUAAAAAGUUUGCAUUUUAGGUACAUGACGUAUGUUCUUCAGCUCUUCUGUAACAUACUAAA